AUGGCCUCUAAUCCCUUAGCGCAGGCCUUGCGACAGCUUAAUGCGGCUCCCGAGUUCAACCCUAGGUACGACAGGCCUAAUGAUUACGCUCCAUUGGAGCUGGGGGGCCUGUACUCUAGCCGUGAUAAAUGCAAGGAGGCCGUUUAUGCGUACGCUCUAGAGCAUUGGUUUGGUGUAAAAGUCCUUUUAGUGAAGCAUAACUACGCAGUGGUUGGAUGCAAGGCUUCAUCGGACGGAUGGUUACCCGCGUGCCUAUGGAGCUGCACAUAUGGGCGAAUCGGCCACGGUGGUUUAUGGCGUAUUACGCGACUCGUUUCUCCGGAGAUGCAUGCGUGUCCGUUGCAUUGGAGGCAGGGUUACGCCGAGGGGUUAGCCAACACUAUUCCCAUCCUCGCUCGGCGAUACGGCAAUUUGGUCCGUGCAAAUCCUUUCAUCUCACCCGUGGAGCUCAAAAGAAUGCUCGAGGGUCAUGGAAAGGUAGUGAUCCACUACUGGCAGGCUUGGCGGCUUCGAGAGUACAUCUUAAAGGAGCGAUAUGGAGAUUGGAAGGAGUCCUUUCGCCAGGUUCCGUGGCUUCUCACUCGUUUCACAGUCAUCGAUCCGGAAGUUCAAGUGCGGUUGGACACAUUAGAUCGGUGUUUCCACCGAUUCUACGUGCGUCCCUCUGCAGCACGGCAUGCGUUAAAUUAUUGCCGCCUGGUUGUUGCGCUCGACGGUACACAUCUCAUUAGUGCGCAGAAGGCUGUGCUGCUCAUCGCCGUCACCAUUGACGGGAACCAGGAGAUUUUGUUACUUGCAUGGGCCUUGGUGGAGUCGGAGAACAAGGACGCGUGGACCUGGUUUCUGAAGCUGUUCCUUGAGGGGUUCCCGGAGUGGGCGCGUAGGGACGAUGCCUCCAUCAUCAGCGAUCGCGAUAAGGGGUUGGUGCCGGCAGCAAGGGAGGUGAUGCCAAGCCACAUCCCCCAUUAUUUCUGUGCCUGGCAUCUGGAGCAGAACCUUAAGCGGUUCGGCAAAGCGGCAACAGCGUUCUUCUGGCGCUUGGUGAAGUGUCGGGGGCCAGGGAUUUCGUGUUCGCGGAUGCUCGCGAAGGGAGGAGGGCACAGCGAGGGCAGGAGCGUGGUGGCAACGCGGGAAAUGGUGGCGUCGACACCGCGCCCCAACCCGAAGGGAGUGGGUUCCCGGAGGGCAACACGUCCGCGUACAACAGGCGUGGCGGCGGGAUACCAGACGAAGGGGAUGGCGGAGCAGCUGCUUUUGGCAUCGGCCGUGGAGGGCGAGGACGAGCUUCAUCUGGACGUGGUCGCAGAGGGAGAGGCGGUGGCGUUGCAGGGGCGGGCCUUGGCAGGGGAGGUAGAGGAGUGCCCCCCGCGGGCGAUUGCGGAGGGCAGGGGGGUGCCGGAUCAGACUUCACGGGGGUUGGUGGUGGAGUACGGGAAGUGCCGCUCGGUGGGGCCGCCGGGGAGCAGGGGGAUGCCGGCACGGGAUGGUCCGGCAUUGCAGGUGGAGGGAGGGGAGUCCCGCUUGCUGGGGCUCCUGGAGGGCAGGGGGGUGCCGGAGCAGGAUGGUCCGGCAUUGGAGGUGGAGGGAGGGGAGUCCCGCUUGGUGGGGCUCCUGGAGGGCAGAUGGGGGCCGGAGCAGGAUGGUCCGGCAUUGGAGGUGGAGGGAGGGAAGUCCCGCUUGGUGGGACUCCUGGAGGGCAGGGGGGUGCAGGAGCAGGAUGGUCCAGCAUUGGAGGUGGAGGGAGGGGAGUCCCGCUUGGUGGGGCUCCUUGAGGGCAGGGGGGUGCCGGAGCAGGAUGGUCCGGCAUUGGAGGUGGAGGGAGGGGAGUCCCGCUUGGUGGGGCUCCUGGAGGGCAGAUGGGGGCCGGAGCAGGAUGGACCCAGGCGACACCAAAGCGGGCCACGCGGUGAUGUUACGUUUGGGGUUGGCCUGGGCGCGAAUUUCAUGGGUGGGGUGGGGUCCGUUGGAAGGGGGGGCUCACCAGUGCCCUCUGGGGGCGACGUGCAGCGAGCUCCAGCAUCUGUGCGUGAUAAUGGUUUGGCAUCAUGCUUCACGGGUGAUGGGAUAGGCGCUCUCACCACUGUGGGGAACCUGGGUGCACGAGCAUUUGACGUCAACACGGUCCUGCGACGUGCCCGGGAGUGGUACCGGGCAGAGGACAUUGACACGGGGAGGACCACGGGCACUCAGGGAUCAGAGAUGGGUGGGUUUACUGAGCACUUCCACCCAGCAUCGGCUCUUGCUCUGCCAUGGCCAGACUGCGGGCAGCGGGAGAACAUUCCUGCGCAAGGGCCGGACGAGCCAGCAUGUGAGGAUGAUCCGGUGCCAGUGGAUGCUAGGGAGGAUGGGGAUGAGGCGGCCGAUGGUGAGGGAGAACCCGGAAUACAUGUGCGCACCGGGUUCUAUCGUAACAGGCGCGGAUCAUCUUAUCGCAUAGGGGGAAUCAUGCUGCUGCACUGGGCCCGUCUUUUUGCGGUGACACUGCGUUUUGGCAUCUACACAAGCAACGCCGCCGAGUCCAUCAACAGCGCUGUCCGCGGCAUCCGAAUGCUGCCACCAACAUGGCUGCUAGCAUCCCUUUGGGAUUGGUCUCGCGACAAGUGGUACAAGAGGAAGGAGAAGGCGCGCUGCAGGGAUGAGUAUCUCACGGCUGCCGCAGCGAAACGACUGGACCAAAAGAAGCAGAGGUGCCAGGGGUAUUGGUUCAUCGGUGGGGACAACUCUGUGGGAACCAUCCAGACCAGGGGGGGGGAAAACGAGUUCCAGUGGCGGAGCUUCAACGUGAACCUCGAUGCCCGGACGUGCGAGUGCGGGAACUGGGAGGAGUACCAGUUCCCUUGUGCCCACGCCGUGGCAAUGUGCAUUCUGAAGCAGCGGAGUGUGGAGAUCCUUGUGUCUGAGUACUACACCACUCGCAAUCUUCGCCAGACAUACAACCGGGAUGUGAUGGGUACCUGUGUGGACCGGCUGAUUAUGGAGGCUCCACUGGCAGAAGUGGGCGAGUGCGAUGCACCAGCGCUGAUUGAGACGAGGGUUGGGAGGCCAGAGAAUCACACCCGGUUCGAGGCACCGCCGCACGCUUAUCGGUGUGGGCGACGCCGACAGUAUGGGCACAACCGCAAAAGGUGCAAGUACAAGUACGGUGGGUACGGUCAGGCGCAGGCUGCGGUGGGGGAGGAGGUGGAGGAGGAGGAGGAGGAGGAGGAGGAGGAGGAGGAGGAGGAGGAGGAGGAGGGGGAGGAUGGAACUGGUACAGGAGAGCAUGGAGGGGGGCACCAGGCUGCCCCUGAAUGA